UGAUAUCAACAUUCGGGUGGAUAGAUUGAUAACGAUGCGUUCUCUUGUGGUUUUGUCUUUGGCGUUUGCCGUUGCCUUCGCGGCUGAUGAGUUUGUGAGCACAACCGUUCAACCGGUUAGCCGUGCCACAGCUUCAGCCUCAGCAACCACCUUCAAUCCUUACAACUACUACACCAACCGGUACAACCCCAUCGUGCCAGCACCAGUCAACCCAGUGUUCGGUCGCUACCAGCCACAAUACAGGCCAGGACAAUACCAACCAGGACAAUACAACCCAGGACAGUACAACCCAGGCCAGUACGAUGCCGGUCGCUACACCGCGGGCAAAUACGACAACUCUGGAAAAUACGUGCCAGACAACUCUGGUGCUUACAAUGGUGACCGUGGAGACCGUGGAGCAUCUGGUGGGUUCUACAACCCUUCCGCUGAUAACAGUGGCUCUUACAAACCCGAAAUUGUCCCAGUUGUUAGCGUGUCCAGCACUCCCGUCCCAGUCACAUCAGCUCCAGUGACCACCGCUGUCCCAGUUACCACUUUUGCCCCAGUGACUACUGCCGCCCCAGUGACCACAGCUGCCCCAGAGAUCACAGCUGCCCCAGUCACAACCGCUGCUCCAGUCACCGCCGCCGCUCCAGUGUCCACUUUUGCCCCAAUCUACGUCAGCCCCACCUUCCAGCCCAUCUACAAACCAUACGUGCAACCUUCAGUAGCUCCAGUCGUAUCCAAGGUACAAUUCGAUUACAACUACGGCAUCGUCCGCCAGGAACAAGAUGUCCUUCCCGACGGCUACCACUACCUCUAUGAGACUCAGAACGGAAUCCUUGCCGAGGAAGACGGUCGCUUGGAGAAAAUCAACGACUCCGAAGGAAUCAGAGCCAAGGGUUUCUACGAAUUUGUUGCCCCAGAUGGCAUCAAAUACAGAGUGGACUACAUCGCUGAUGAAAAUGGUUUCCAAGCAUCUGGCGCUCACUUGCCCCAGUAAAUCUAGUCAUUUUAAAUAAUAUAUUGUACCUUAUAAAUAAUAUUUGCACAUGUUUAUAAGGGAAUUUAAGAUUGUGAUAUAAAAAUAAAUGUUAUAGACCUGUUUCAAA